AAGGUAGUGAGCGAAUGAUAUAUAAAGCUGCACUAAUUCUGUAUAAGCUCACUUCGUGCGUAAAGCAAGACAGGGUGGGAAGAAGUGAGGCCUGAAUAGCAUCAGAAUGAAUAAGAUUUCAGCGCUUCUCUUUCUCGGCUGCGUUGUCGCCAUUACAUGGGCAUUCCCAAGAGAAGAAACAAUGGCUUCGGAAGGUCCUGAGAACGAAACACGUAUAGAAGACGCCGAAGAGCUUGAGUCAAAAUCUUCGUACCUUUCGAAACGAGAAAAACUGGAGGAAAUAACAGGCUUCGCCAAGAUGAAAAAACCCUACUCCUCGAGGCGAGAAAAACUGGAAGAAAUGAGAGCAUUCGACAGGAAACGACAGACUAAGGAGCAAGUGAUUUGUGAGGGGCCAGCCAAGCUUGCAUUGGAAAGUUACCACAUCGAUCUAUCCAAGAGCCAUCUAUGCGGAGAGAACUCAAAGAGAUGGGCAAAUGAUUUCAAAAGCUUCCUGCGUAAGAGAGAGCUUGAGUAUCACAUGAGCAGCAACUACAGACGAAACAUGAAUGCUUGCUGCAGCCCAGACUGUGACUGGCUUCUGCAGUACCUAGAGGUUGAUUCCCAGGUUAUCAAGUGUGUCGACAAGAAGUAAAAUCAGCCACCUGAGCUUCCAGAUCUACAAUUAAACACAUUAAAUCGCCCACCUAGUAAUGUUAUGUACAAUUCAGUGAUUGGAAAAAAAAUAUGGCACAGAACUUCAGAGAUAUUCGAAAUAGCAUGGUAACCACAAAAACGUUCUCCUUAUAAUCCACAGUUAAGGCAAAAAAGUGCAGUUAAUGGAAAUAUAAGCUUUUGAUUAAAAUUAAGUAACUUGGACAUUGAGAAUUUAGCACGUGCUCUCGAUUUUAUAGACCAGGAAAUAGAGAAUUACUGAUUUGUUUUUGCCGUGGAUUAUGUACGUAUUAAGUAGAUUCCUGAGGUGAAAUGCUUCAGAGAUUGUGUACAGAAUAAGAAACUAAACACAAAUGAAUAAGAAAUGAAAUAAAAAACAGACAAUGUCUAUUUCAUUGA